CCUGGAGGAUGCAGGGUGUGGACAUCAAUAUCAAAAUUUUUAUUUUCUCACCAUGUACCCAUUUACCUUUACUUUAUCACUUUGUUAUACCAAGAUUAUGUGUAUCAAGUUUGCAGUUAUUACCAGAGAAACCACUGUAUCUGUUCCAGGUGUUCUCUUAUUCAUGAAAAAAUGUAUAACAAUUAUGUGAAUGGUGGUGAGUUGAAGCAAAGGCUCUGAAUCCUGCUUACCCUGCAGAAGUUGAACAAGCAGUGUUAUAUGCUCUAUUUGGAAUGGCACACAGUUGGCAGGAUGAGGAAUAUCACUAUGUUGGCCAAUGUAGCUAAGCCAGCAAAAUUCUUUGGGCAAAUCCAAUUAUACUAGCAAAAAAUUCUUAUUUCUGAUGUUUAUUUUGUCAGCUGAAGUUCCUCUAAAGAGCUUUUGCCAAUGAAAGAUGUGUGUCAUUGCAGUAUGAUUCUGCUGGCAAAUCUUUAUACAUGGACAAGUUCUUUGUCCUGCAGCUCUGAGUCCAACUGGAUAAGCCUUGUUUAUUUUGUCUUGAAAAAAGCACAUCAAUUAGGCUUGGAAGUAGUCCACUUGUUCAUAAAAUCUGUUACUUUAUUGCCACUUGUGGCACAGGGCUUUUACUUUACUGCUCAUAGUUGCUUCUUAAAGUAGCUCCUUCCUGGUUUUAUUUAAAGCUAGAACGUUAAGAAUAUAUUUAAAGGAAAUGUCAAACUUCAUGGUUCCCAAGAGCUUUUCAUCUGUCAGCUUACAAGUUAAUAUGAUUCCACUUUUUUCAUCCUGUUGUUUUUUUCCCCACUUACACAGAAUGCAGGUGUGGAUCCUUCAGGAGUAAGUCAGGACAAUGAGCAUGUGAAAGCUUUGGCUCUCGUGAAAGCUGAGAGUUACCACCGUGGGAGUCCUGAGACACCAGUGCUAAUCAAAUGGGGACCUGAUUGGGAGUGAAGCUCAGGGGAGAGCACCGCAGGGAAGGGUGAUAAAACCUAUGCUUAUUAACAUGCGGUGUUUAUGUAGUGUCCUGGUUUGUGCAUUGGGGAACUGGCAGAUGUAGUGCAGGUGCUGUCUGGAUUCCAAGAUCUGCAGCUGGCCUCUGUCAUGUGUACUGAUGCUAAAGUUUUUGCAGGUUAGGGUGUGUGAACUAUGCUGGCUUAUCAUGGCAACGAGAUAGAAUGUCCUUUGGACUUCAUGUGUCUGGAUGGGAGAGACAAACUUUCCUGGUUUACCAUAACAAAUUCUUCUCAUCCCCUACACCAACCCUUUGCAUUUCCAUUAAAUAUUCUUGUUUAGGGCACAAGGUGUAGUGCUGUUGUUUAUUCCCAUAUUCUUGUUACUUUUUACUGUUUUCAGAAGUAGUCUUCAUCUCAGUCUUCCUGGAUUGUAGUAUCUAACAGAGUCCUUACAAUUGUGUGGCGUAUUGUUAGUGGAAGAGUUCUGUGAUCUGUAAGGGAACAUGGAAGGAGAGAGCAUCAGCUCAUGUAAGUUGUGUCUGGUCAAGGAACUUUUCAGUACCAUAAGAGGAUAAUAAGAAAAGGAGAAAUAAAUAGGAACAUUCUGAGGCACAAAUCUGUUGAACCAAAACAUAAGGGAGACAGAUAAAAGGACCAAACCUGAUCAGUCACUAACUGAAGAGGGUAAGUAGAAUGUGGGAAUGUUUAUUUCAGUGAGAUUAUUUGAUCAUAGACCUCAUGAAAUGGUAUUAUAAGGGAAAGGAGGAAGCCAUAAACAAGAUGUAGAGAGAGACACAAACCUGCCAAGCAAACUUAAUGGAGAUAAAGACAAGAAACAAAACCUGGUCUGUCACACUAACUGAUGAGCUGUCAGAAAAGUGCAUACAAACAAGGAUUCUGUGACUGAUAAGGAUGCAGACCUGAGGGUCCAGGUUGUUGGGGCAGGUCAGUGAGACUGUGCUAGCUAAGGAAGUGAUAGGCAAGGGAAGGGAGUUGGGAAAGGAACAAAACAGGGCCAGACAGAAAAAGGGCCAAUAUAGGUAAACUGUGGCCAGUCUUUACACUUGUCUGGCUGAGCCCUGUGCCUGAUCCCUGCAGUCUGUCCUGUUUUAUUAGAUCUUUUCUUAACUACUUCUCAAUGUAAUUUCACUUUCUAUACCAUGUGUGUGCAGCGGCUAAGUGAGUCCAGCUUGAGUAGAAACUAGGCCAGCAACUGGCGUCUCACUGGAGGUGUUGGCACCAACCAGGUUUGCAGUGACAGCAGUUGAAGGGAGUGAGGCUCUUGGUGGCAGGAGCUGGGGGGGCUGUAGCUGUCUGUAUCUAUAGUGCUAGCUACAGGGGACUUGUGUGAGCUUAUAAACUGUACCUUGUAAUGCCACACCUAAGUUAAACUUCUGCCUCUGCUGCUUUCAGUGGGAGAGAUGCAAAAAGGCAGUAAUGCUCAUGAAGCCAUCUGGGCUGCAAUGGCUCCAUCUAGUCACAUAAGUCAUUUCCCUUGUCUUGGUUUUAGGGUUGUGGGGCACAGCUCUUACAGAGCUUACUAGACCUAGGUCAAGGUCUUGGAUUAUGAAUAAGCCACUGCAUUUGAAUAGCGAAGACAGUCCUAGUCCCAAGCGACAACGCCUUUCCCAUUCAGUCUUUGACUACACAGCAGCAUCACCAGCCCCAUCACCACCAAUGCGACCAUGGGAGAUGACAUCAAAUAGGCAGCCUCCUUUGGCUCGACCCAACCAACACCACUUCUCAGGGGAACGAUGCAACACACCUGCACGAAACAGGAGGAGUCCUCCUGUUCGACGUCAGAGAACAAGGAGAGAUCGUUUGUCUAGACAUAAUUCUAUUAGCCAGGAUGAAAACUAUCACCAUCUCUCCUAUGGACAGCAGCAAGCAAUAGAAGAGCCUCGAGCCUUUCGCCCACCGAAUGUAUCUCCUCGUAUGUUGCACCCAGCCGCUCACCCACCACAGCAGAAUGCAGUGAUGGUUGACAUUCAUGAUCAGAUCCAUCAGGGCACAGUUCCUGUUUCAUACACAGUGACAACUGUGGCUCCACAUGGGAUACCACUUUGCACAGGCCAGCACAUUCCAGCCUGCAGCACGCAGCAGGUCCCAGGGUGCUCAGUGGUUUUCAGUGGCCAGCACCUUCCAGUUUGCAGUGUGCCUCCCCCAAUGCUUCAGGCAUGCUCAGUCCAGCACCUACCUGUACCAUAUGCAGCAUUUCCACCCCUCAUUUCUAGUGACCCAUUCCUUUUGCAUCCUCCUCAUAUCUCUACACACCACCCUCCUCACUUACCUCCUCCAGGACAAUUUGUUCCUUUCCAAGCACAGCAGUCACGGUCGCCGCUUCAAAGGAUAGAAAAUGACGUAGAAUUGCUUGGAGAACACCUUCCUGUAGGAGGUUUUACAUACCCUCCCUCAGCCCAUCCACCAACGUUGCCUCCCUCAGCUCCUCUUCAAUUCUUAGCCCAUGAUCCAUUACACCAGGAGAUGUCAUUUGGGGUACCUUACCCACCUUUUAUGCCUCGAAGACUCACAGGGCGCAGCAGAUACCGAUCACAGCAGCCAAUACCACCACACCCUUACCAUCCCAGCCUAUUACCUUAUGUGCUAUCAAUGCUCCCAGUUCCACCGGCAGUUGGACCAGCUUUCAGCUUUGAGUUGGAUGUGGAAGAUGGAGAGGUAGAAAACUAUGAGGCACUGCUGAAUUUGGCGGAACGUCUGGGAGAAGCCAAACCACGGGGAUUAACAAAAGCAGACAUUGAGCAGCUUCCAUCCUACAGGUUCAAUCCAAACAAUCACCAAUCAGAGCAGACACUAUGUGUGGUGUGCAUGUGUGAUUUUGAGUCAAGGCAGCUACUUAGAGUCUUACCUUGUAACCACGAGUUCCAUGCCAAGUGUGUUGAUAAAUGGCUGAAGGCGAAUCGUACCUGCCCGAUUUGUAGAGCUGAUGCCUCAGAAGUGCAUCGUGAUUCAGAAUGACCAAUCUAAGAGCACAAAUCUGGUUUGGGUGUUUCUCGUUGCCUGUAUAUAUGAACUCUCUAUUGAACUUAUCUACCCUUGUGGCUUCCAGCCUACCCUUUACACAAAAGGGUCAGUGGACCUUACUUUGCACUGUGUGACUUAAUCAAUUAUAAAGCUUAUAACUAGUCUUCACAGUUAUGGGAUUGUUAUACUAACAAGUGUGAGUGGAACUCCAAAGAUUUUUUUUUUUUUUUUUAGCUUAAUUUUGUGUGUGCACUAACAUUCCCUGGGUUUUGUGUGAUCAUUCCGAGUAUUGCUGCGAGAUUACUGUGGAUGUGAUCUUUUAGCAUGUGCUUUUAUAUAAAAGAAAAAGAAAAAAAAAAAGUGGUAGCUCCAAACAAUAUAGCAAUCUACCUUAUAUAGAGCCUUCAGAUACUGUGAGUGGGGAUGAACGGUGUGAGUGUGAGAGGCUGUGAGAGGGUGAGUGAAGUGUGCUUGUGACAGGGUGUGCGUGCGUGUUUGAGAACCUAUAUACCAGCAUGUACUGAGAACGUAUGUGUGUAGUAAUAAUUAUGCUGCAAUGUAUAAUCUUGUGUGUUAUUUAAACAGUACUAGUACUGUACACUGGUUCCUUUCCUUGUGUUUGCAGUUGCACACUGAAUGCGAUGGGUGCAGCAAUUACAGACAUUUAGUAUUUCCUCCCCAACGUACUUACAGGUAUAAAGACCUUUCUACCUACUGCUACUCAAACAGCUGUUACGCUUCCCCUUCAUUGGAGGCUUUAAGUGUGUACCACUAAAGAAUGCAUUGAUUGUUCAUACAUGAGUAACCUUGGGGGUUUUAUCAUAUGUUACAAAGUCUGGAUUUUUUAAUGGCUGAUUUCCAAGUUAUUUUAUCAAUAUAGAGUUGCAAUAUCGCAUUUAGCAAUAUUAAUGUUUUCAAUUGCUAAUAUGAAUAUCAAUAUUUUUCUGUUUUCCUUUUAAAUUUUUCUAGCUGGGUUUACCAGUUGUGUGUUUCUUCCAUGAAAGGAAGCAGAAAGUACACUGAGGGUGUCCUGGUUUUGUGAAACAGCUCUUAACUUUUGGCCAUUGUACUUGCUAAGGACAUCAUCUUUUAGCUUAUAAACACUGGCUUUAAUCACAUACAUUCUUUGUCAUCUACAAGGAAGUUUGUAUGUAACUAAAAUAACUUGUAAAAGGUUACAAUUUUAUUCCUGCAACUUCAUGAAUAAAAUACAAUUUUUAGCAUUUUCUUAGAGAAGUAGAAUUUCAUAUUUUUUUCACCAUAUCUCAAGAGGAGGUAGGUUUUGGUCAUUAACUGCAGAACUCAGUUGCCCUGAUGCUGCUUCUUUCCCUUCCUUAUUUCAUGAUGAGUGUAAUAGGAAGAAGGGACUCCCUUGGUUUUUGCAAUCAAGUUUCCAGAGUACUCCACUAUAGGAGAAAUUUGGAAUACUUUCCAGAACAGUGCUGUGAAAUAGAGGGGAUAAUGUCUAUUCAAGUGCUCUGAAUAGUAUUUUAUUUGGGCCAUUGAAAAAAAUUAGCUUUCUUUUUAACAUUCACACUGUUAACAUCUCUGAUACAUUCUAGCAAAAUAUUUAGGUCUGCAUAUACCACAGUUACUAAAAGGAUGCACUUUUUGCAAUUAAACUCUUUUCAUAAAUUCAGUGUCAUUACUUUGGUUGCAGCACCACAAGUGGCACAAUUACCAGUAUUGCUGCAACUUGCUGCCAGUCUCAGCUUUAAGUUUCUUCUUUAUCAUUUCUGAUGCUUUUGUAUGCUGCUAUGCUUUAGUAUCAGUUAAAAUUUCAAACAGUGUUAGAUGUUCUCCAUGCUGGUUUUUCUCUUUGAACAUUCUACAGACCAGUCACAGCUCUUUGUGCAGCUAAAUAAAAGCACAAUUUUGCCCUGUU